AGCCGGACAGGAGGGGACAGGCGGGGACAGGCGGGGACAGGCGGCCGAGGCAGGCCCCGGAGCCCGCAGCCUGCGCCCCGCGGCGGGGGGCUGGUCCCCCGGGACCUGGGCCCCACCCCGCACACCUGCCUCACCUGUCUCAUCCCUUAUAAGGCGUGAGCGCCCGGCCCCGCCCCAGCAGGUGGGCCCCGCCCGCCGUGACAUCACGUCUGCCCAGCCCGGCCGCAGGCCCCCUGCUGUGUCGGAGUACCCGGCGCUCCCCUGCUCCCCUGCUCCCGGGCUCCAGGUGACCCCCCCCAGGCCAUGGCUGCCACUAGCGCUUGGAGGAAGGCGGCAGGCCCGGUGCCCGAGGCAGCCCAGCCUUUCCUGUUCGCCCCUCGAGCGGGCCCCGGGCUGGCGAGCGGCGUGGGGCCGCCCCCGGUGGAGUGGGCUGCCCGAAGGCUCGUGUGGGUGCCCUCCGAGCUGCACGGCUUCGAGGCGGCGGCCCUGCGCGACGAGGGCCCCGAGGAGGUGGAGGUGGAGCUGGCCGAGAGCGGCCGCAGGCUCCGGCUGCCCCGAGACCAGGUGCAGCGCAUGAACCCCCCCAAGUUCAGCAAGGCCGAGGACAUGGCUGACCUCACCUGCCUCAACGAAGCCUCCGUGCUGCACAACCUCCGGGAGAGGUACUACUCGGGCCUCAUCUACACGUACUCGGGCCUCUUCUGCGUGGUCAUCAAUCCCUACAAGCAGCUGCCCAUCUACACGGAAGCCAUCGUGGAAAUGUACCGCGGCAAGAAGCGGCACGAGGUGCCCCCGCACGUGUACGCCGUCACGGAGGGCGCCUACCGCAGCAUGCUGCAGGAUCGGGAGGACCAGUCCAUCUUGUGCACCGGGGAGUCCGGGGCCGGCAAGACGGAAAACACCAAGAAAGUCAUCCAGUACCUGGCCCACGUGGCCUCGUCCCCCAAGGGCCGGCGGGAGCCCGGAGCCCCGACCCCUGCCAGCCUGGUGGCCUAUGGCGAGCUGGAACGGCAGCUGCUCCAAGCCAACCCCAUCCUGGAGGCCUUCGGGAACGCCAAGACUGUCAAGAACGACAAUUCCUCCCGAUUUGGCAAAUUCAUCAGAAUCAACUUCGAUGUGGCCGGCUACAUUGUGGGGGCCAACAUUGAGACCUACUUGCUGGAGAAGUCCCGGGCCAUCCGGCAGGCCAAGGAUGAGUGCAGCUUCCAUAUCUUCUACCAGCUCCUUGGGGGUGCCGGGGAGCAGCUUAAAGAGGACCUCCUCCUGCAGCCGUGCUCCGAGUACCGAUUCCUCACCAACGAGCCGGCCUCAUCCCCGGGCCAGGAACGGGAACUCUUCCAAGAGACCCUGGAAUCCCUGCGGGUCCUGGGCUUCAGCCACGAGGAGAUCGUCUCCAUGUUACGUGUGGUCUCAGCUGUUCUCCAGUUUGGAAACAUCUCCCUGAAGAAGGAGCGCCAUUCGGACCAGGCCACGAUGCCGGACAACACAGCGGCCCAGAAACUGUGCCGUCUGCUGGGUUUGGGGGUGACAGACUUCUCCCGAGCCCUGCUCUCCCCCCGCAUCAAGGUUGGCCGGGACUACGUCCAGAAGGCCCAGACCAAGGAGCAGGCUGACUUCGCCUUGGAAGCCUUGGCCAAGGCCUCCUACGAGCGCCUGUUCCGCUGGCUCGUGCUGCGACUCAACCGGGCCCUGGACCGAAGUCCGCGCCAGGGGGCCUCGUUCCUGGGCAUCCUAGACAUCGCGGGCUUCGAGAUCUUCCAACUGAACUCCUUCGAGCAGCUGUGCAUCAACUACACGAACGAGAAGCUGCAGCAGCUCUUCAACCACACCAUGUUCGUGCUGGAGCAGGAGGAGUACCAGCGCGAGGGCAUCCCCUGGACCUUCCUGGACUUCGGCCUCGACCUGCAGCCCUGCAUCGACCUCAUCGAGCGGCCCGCCAACCCCCCAGGGCUCCUGGCCCUGCUGGACGAGGAGUGCUGGUUCCCCAAGGCCACGGACAAGUCCUUCGUGGAGAAGGUGGCCCAGGAGCAGGGCGGCCACCCCAAGUUCCAGCGGCCGCGGCAGCUGCGGGACCAGGCCGACUUCAGUGUGCUGCACUACGCGGGGAAGGUGGACUACAAGGCCAACGAGUGGCUCAUGAAGAACAUGGACCCCCUGAACGACAGCGUGGCCGCCCUCCUGCACCAGAGCACCGACAAGCUCACGGCCGAGAUCUGGAAGGACGUGGAGGGCAUUGUGGGCCUGGAGCAGGUGAGCAGCCUCGGGGACGGGGGCGCGCCUGGCGGCCGCCCCCGCCGGGGCAUGUUCCGGACGGUGGGCCAGCUGUACAAGGAGUCCCUGAGCCGCCUCAUGGCCACGCUGAGCAACACCAACCCCAGCUUUGUGCGCUGCAUCAUCCCCAACCACGAGAAGAGGGCUGGGAAGCUGGAACCCCGGCUGGUGCUGGACCAGCUGCGCUGUAACGGGGUCCUGGAGGGGAUCCGCAUCUGCCGCCAGGGCUUCCCCAACCGGAUCCUGUUCCAGGAGUUCCGGCAGAGGUACGAGAUCCUGACUCCCAACGCCAUCCCCAAGGGCUUCAUGGACGGGAAGCAGGCCUGCGAGAAGAUGAUCCAGGCCCUGGAGCUCGACCCCAACCUGUACCGCGUGGGCCAAAGCAAAAUCUUCUUCCGGGCCGGCGUCCUGGCGCAGCUGGAGGAGGAGCGCGACCUCAAGAUCACCGACAUCAUCGUGUCCUUCCAGGCGGCCGCCAGGGGCUACCUGGCCCGGAGGGCCUUCCACAGGCGGCAGCAGCAGCAGAGCGCGCUGCGGGUGAUGCAGAGGAACUGCGCGGCCUACCUCAAGCUGCGUCACUGGCAAUGGUGGCGCCUCUUUACCAAGGUGAAGCCGCUUCUCCAGGUGACCCGCCAGGACGAGGUCCUCCAGGCCCGGGCCCAGGAGCUGCAGAAAGUGCAAGAGUUACAGCAGCAGAGCGCUCGGGAGCUGGGCGAGCUCCAGAGCCGCGUGGUCCAGCUGGAGGAGGAGAGAGCCCGGCUCUCGGAGCAGCUGCGAGCGGAGGCCGAGCUGUGCGCUGAGGCCGAGGAGACCCGGGGCCGCCUGGCCGCCCGGAAGCAGGAGCUGGAGAGAGUGGUGGGCAUGCUGGAGGCCCGGGUGGGCGAGGAGGAGGAGCGGGGAGCGCAGCUGGAGACCGACAAGAGGAGGCUGCAGCAACACGUGCAGGAGCUGGAGCAGCACCUGGAGGCGGAGGAGGGAGCCCGGCAGAAGCUGCAGCUGGAGAAGGUGACCACCGAGGCGCGGCUGAAGAAGAUGGAGGAGGACCUCCUGCUGCUGGAGGACCAGAACGCCAAGCUGGGCAAGGAGCGGCGGCUGCUGGAGGAGCGUCUGGGGGAGUUCUCGUCGCAGGCGGCAGAGGAGGAGGAGAAGGUGAAGAGCCUCAAUAAGCUCCGGCACAAAUACGAGGCCACGCUGGCCGACCUGGAAGAGCGCCUCAAGCUGGAGGAGAAGGGCCGCCAGGAGCUGGAGAAGACCAAGCGGCGGCUGGACGGGGAGAGCUCCGAGCUGCAGGAGCAGCUGUCGGAGCAGCAGCACCGGGCCGAGGAGCUCCGUGCCCAGCUGGGCCGCAAGGAGGAGGAGCUGCAGGCCGCCCUGGCCAGGGCCGAGGAGGAGGGCGGGGCCCGGGCCUCACUGCUCAAGUCUCUCCGGGAGGCCCAGGCCGGGCUGGCCGAGGCCCAGGAGGACCUGGAGGCCGAGCGGGCCGCACGGACCAAAGCCGAGAAGCAGCGCCGAGACCUGGGGGAGGAGCUGGAGGCCCUUCGAGGGGAGCUCGAGGACACCCUGGACUCCACCAACGCCCAGCAGGAGCUCAGGACCAAGCGGGAACAGGAAGUGUCCGAGCUGAAGCAGGCCCUGGAGGAGGAGACACGCAGCCACGAGGCAGCCGUGCAGGAGCUGCGGCAGCGUCAUGGCCAGGCGCUGGGCGAGCUGGGCGAGCAGCUGGAGCAGGCGCGGAGGGGCAGGGGCGCUUGGGAGAAGGCCCGCCUGGCGCUAGAAGCCGAGGUCACGGAGCUCCGGGCAGAACUGGCGGGCCAGCAGGCCUCCCGGCAGGAGGGAGAGCAGCGGCGCCGGCGCCUCGAGGCGCAGCUGCAGGAGCUGCAGGCCCGGGCCGGCGAGGGCGAGCGGGCACGGGCCGACGCGGCAGACAGGUUGCAGAGAAGCCAGGCAGAGCUGGACAGCGUCUCCGGGGCCCUGAGUGAGGCUGAGUCCAAGGCGAUCCGCCUGAGUAAGGAGCUGAGCAGCGCCGAGGCCCAGCUCCAUGAUGUCCAGGAACUCCUGCAGGAAGAGACGCGGGCCAAGCUGGCCCUGGGCUCCAGGGUCCGAGGGCUGGAAAGCGAGGCUGCCGGGCUGCGGGAACAACUGGAAGAGGAGGCGGCAGCCCGGGAGCGCGCUGGGAGGGAGCUGCAGACGGCCCAGGCCCAGCUGUCGGAGUGGCGCAAGCGGCAGGAGGAGGAGGCGGGAGCCCUGGAGGCUGGGGAGGAGGCCCGCCGCAAGGCGGCCCGAGAGGCCGAGGCCUUGGCUCAGAGGCUGGCGGAGAAGACGGAGGCGGCCGAGCGGCUGGAGCGGGGCCGGCGACAGCUGCAGCAGGAGCUGGACGACGUCACUAUGGACCUGGAGCAGCAGCGGCACCUGGUCGGCAGCCUGGAGAAGAAGCAGAGGAAGUUCGACCAGCUCCUGGCAGAGGAGAAGGCUGUGUCCCAGCGAGCAGUGGAGGAGCGGGAGCGGGCCGAGGCCGACGGCAGAGAGCGAGAGGCCCGGGCCCUGGCACUGGCCCGGGCCCUGGAAGAGGAGCGGGAAGCCCGCGAGGAGCUGGAGCGGCAGAACCGGGCCCUGCGGGCGGAGCUGGAGGAGCUGCUGAGCAACAAGGACGACGUGGGCAAGAGCGUGCACGAAAUGGAGAGAGCCCGCCGGGCGGCGGAGCAGGCCGCUGCCGACUUGCGCACGCAGGUGACGGAGCUGGAGGAUGAGCUGAUGGCGGCCGAGGACGCCAAGUUGCGGCUGGAGGUGACAGCCCAGGCCCUGAAGGCCCAGCACGAGCGCGAGUUGCAGGGCCGGGACGAGGCCGGCGAGGAGAGGAGGCGUCUUCUGGCCAAGCAGUUACGGGACGCGGAGGUGGAGCGGGACGAAGAGCGCAAGCAGAGGGCGGCGGCUUUGGCGGCCCGCAAGAAGGCCGAGCAGGAGCUGGAGGAGCUGAAGGCCCAGGCAGCCUCCGCCGGCCAGGGGAGGGAGGAGGCGGCGAAGCAGCUGCGCAAGACGCAGGCGCAGAUGAAGGAACUCUGGCGGGAGGUGGAAGAAUCUCGAACCUCCCGGGAGGAAAUCUUUGCCCAGAACCGGGAGAACGAGAAGAGGCUCAAGGGCCUGGAGGCUGAGCUGCUGCGGCUGCAGGAGGAGCUUGCGGCCUCUGACCGAGCCCGGCGCCAGGCGCAACAGGAUCGGGAUGACAUGGCAGACGAGGCAGCCGGUGGGAACCUGGCCAAGGCAGCCCUGCUGGAGGAGAAGCGCCAGCUCGAGGGGCGCCUGGGCCAAGUGGAGGAAGAGCUGGAAGAGGAGCAUGGGAACCUAGAGCUGCUGAAUGACCGCUACCGCAAGCUGCUGCUGCAGGUGGAGUCGCUGACCACUGAGCUCUCUGCCGAGCGGAGCUUCUCCGCCAAGGCGGAGAGUGGGCGGCAGCAGCUGGAGCGGCAGAUUCAGGACCUGCGGAGCCGCCUGGGAGAGGAGGAUGCUGGGGCCAGAGCCCGCCACAAGAUGCUCAUUGCAGCCCUCGAGUCCAAGCUGGCCCAGGCUGAGGAGCAGCUGGAGCAGGAGAGCAGGGAGCGCAUCCUCUCCGGGAAGCUGGUUAGAAGGGCAGAGAAGCGCCUCAAGGAGGUGGUCCUGCAGGUGGACGAGGAGAGGAGGGUGGCUGACCAGCUCCGGGACCAGCUGGAGAAGGGAAACCUGCGGCUGAAGCAGCUGAAACGGCAGCUGGAGGAGGCCGAGGAAGAGGCCUCCAGGGCCCAGGCUGGGAGGAGGCGGCUGCAGCGGGAGCUGGACGAUGUCACCGAGUCAGCCGAGUCCAUGAAUCGGGAGGUCACCACCCUGAGGAACCGGCUUCGGCGAGGGCCGCUCACCUUCACCACCAGGACUGUCCGGCAAGUCUUCCGCCUGGAGGAAGGGGUCGCCUCCGACGAGGAGGAAGAAGAGGCGGAAGGCGGAGGCGCCGGCCCCCCCGCAGCCCCAGAAGCCGAUGGCCCCCCGCAGCCCCAGCCGCAGUGACCCCUCCUUCGUCCUCUGCUCCGAGGCCCCCUCCCCUCCCCUCCUGCCUUCCUGCACUUUGGAGCCCCCGUGCCCACCCCGGGCUCUCUGAGCACUUAGCGAAGCCCCCUGUCUCCUCCCAGCCGUGGGGCUCGGGCGGGGCUCUACAGCGCCGCCGAGUGGAGGUGGCCCUGGCUUCCCUGCCGCCUUCUUCCUGGGCUUGUCCCUCCGCCAUCUCUCCCCUCGCAAUCAUCUCACCCCCGUCUCCCCUUUGCCCUCUGCUGUCUCUUCCGCCUUAGCGCGGUGCCCGGCACAUAGUAGGUGCUUGAAACAAGUCCAUCGAUUGGCUGAUCGUUCUCCUCCCUCUCCCGUCUCAGCUCCCUGCCCCGCCCGGCUCCUGUUUUCUCCUGUCCUCGCUCCGUCACCGCCUUCCUGGGCUCCUUCCGCGGCUCUUCUCCCAGCAUCCCCGCCCGCCUCCCGCCUGUUCCCCCAGGGGCCCAGCCAGCGCCUCAGCGCCUUCUGCGCGACUUAGGCCGGAGUUUGAGGCUCGGCGAGAACUAUGUAGUGUGUGGCCUGUUUCCGCCCCCUCCCGCCCCCUCGGAAAUAAACUUCAGAGCGCCCCCCGGGGCCCCGA